UUUGCGGGGAGUGCUUGCAGCCCUGCCUCCAAGUGCCAUCCCCGCUCUGCCCGCUCUGCCGCAUGCCCUUCGACCCCAAGAAGGUGGAGAAGGCUUCCAGCGUGGAGAAACAGCUUUCAUCCUACAAGGCUCCCUGCAGAGGCUGCAGCAAGAAGGUGACCCUCGCGAAAAUGCGCUCUCACGUCUCGUCCUGCGCGAAGGUGCAGGAGCAGAUGGCCAACUGCCCCAAGUUUGUUCCAGUUGUCCCUACGUCCCAGCCUAUCCCCAGCAAUAUUCCCAAUCGCUCGACGUUCGUGUGCCCGUACUGUGGGGCCCGGAACCUGGACCAGCAGGAGCUGGUGAAACACUGCAUGGAGAACCACCGCAACGACCCAAAUAAAGUGGUGUGCCCGGUCUGCUCAGCCAUGCCCUGGGGGGACCCCAGCUACAAAAGCGCCAACUUCCUCCAGCACCUCCUCCACAGGCACAAGUUCUCCUACGACACCUUCGUGGACUAUAACAUUGACGAGGAGGCAGCGUUGCAGGCUGCCCUGGCUCUGUCGCUCUCCGAGAACUGAGGGUGACUGCGGAGCAUCGGUUCUGACCCCCCCCCUUGCACCCUGUCUCCUUUUGCACACUCGGCCUUCCUGCCGGGGAGGCACGGAGCUCGUCAACCCCCCCGGCACCCCUGGAGACCCGCUGCCGCCUCUCUCCCCUCUCCUCUCUGGGCAAAUCCCACCUUGUUUAAGAAGGUGGAGUCUCUUCGGUGUUGCACUGGACUGGUGAGUGAGGAGAGACGUCCGCUGCUGGGAGGAGAGAGGAGUCGGUGCCGAAGGGCUGGGAUCGUUCCUCGGUUAGGCAUUUCAUAUCCGUAUACGGAGUAUAUACCUGUAUCCAGAUCUAUUUAUUAUUAGAUGCUUUUUGGCACC